CCUCGUGCAGCCAGAGCCUGUCUGCCUUCUCUAUAUAAAGCAGCAGAGACAUUGGCGAGCAGACAUUUGCUGAGAGAGGACCAUGAGAGCAGCAGCCAUCUCCACGCCAAGGCUGGACAAAAUGCCAGGAAUGUUCUUCUCUGCAAACCCAAAGGACUUGAAAGAAACUGGUCAUUCACUUCUAGAUGACAAAACGCAAAAAAGGAGGCCAAAGACAUUUGCAAUGGAUAUGAAAGCAUACCUGAGAUCUAUGAUCCCACAUUCGGAAUCUGGAAUGAAAUCUUCCAAGUCCAAAGACAUACUUUCUGCUGAUGAAGUAAUACAGUGGUCUCAAUCUCUAGAAAAACUUCUUGCCAACCAAACUGGUCAAGAUGUCUUUGGAAAUUUUCUUAAGUCUGAGUUCAGUGAGGAGAAUAUUGAGUUCUGGCUGGCUUGUGAAGACUACAAGAAAACAGAGUCUGAUCUUUUGCAUUGCAAGGCCGAGAAGAUAUAUAAAGCAUUUGUGCAUUCAGAUGCAGCUAAACAAAUCAAUAUUGACUUUCGUACUCGAGAAUCUACAGCCAAGAAGAUUAAAGCACCAACUCACACGUGUUUUGAUGAAGCCCAAAAAAUCAUAUAUACCCUUAUGGAAAAGGACUCUUAUCCCAGGUUCCUGAAAUCAAAUAUUUACUUAAAUCUUCUGAAUGACCUUCAGGCUAACAGCCUAAAGUGACUGAUUCCUAACUGAAGGGAAUUAAAAGAUGGUAUCAAGGACGGAAGGAACGUGCCAGUGUGGCUGCCUGGGUGGACAACUUGGCUUGUUUGGGGUGACUUGACAGGCUCAGGGGAGGAACAAGUGACACAGGAUGGAUUACCAUGGAAGUUAUCCAGAUUCAGGGCUGAAAAAACAUCAGUAAGACUAAAAUUGAGAGACUGUGGAAGAAAAGAGAUACUAUGGUACUGUCUGUGGUACUGUCAUAAAAUACAGAAGAACCUCUGUAUUAGAAAACCCCUCACACUGAAAUGGUCAGGUAACUCUGGUGACAGAAACUGUGAAUAAAAUUUAUGGGACUGAUUACGAUACGCUGUAAGCUUCAAGGUCAACUGACACGCUAUGUAUUAUUACAUAUAGAUUGUAUUGAGCUGCUGAAACCUCCUUAACUUGGAUUCCUGUUCCAGAAAUCACUGUUAUUAUUGAGAAAUGUUUUUUAAUGUUGUUUUGUUUGAGUGUAUUUGACUUGGAAGUGAUAAAGAGAACACUGUAUUUAACUUAAGCUAUUGCUCUUAAAACGAAGUCAGAAUAUAUUUGUAAAUUAAGUUAUCACAGUGUCAAUAAUAAAUUUGAGUUUUGUAUUAAAA